AUGGCUACUUCGGCUGGUGAGGCGGCCCAGCCUCAGCCUGCGGCUGGAGAUGAUGGAGGGGCGAGCCCAGGGGGCGCGUCCGUGGGAGCGCCCGCGGCUACGCCGCCCUCGGCGCAAGCUGUGACCCCAGAGAUCGUCUUGGGGCGUUUGGCAGAAGCGGUUUCUCAGCUAGCUGCAGCCAGUGGGUCGUCUGGUGGCAGUCCUUGGAAAGAGAGCAAGUGGAUCAAGAGCCCAGAGGUUUUCAGUGCUAAGACCUUAGAUGAGGAGGUUGCUCUUUGGCCCGAUUGGUCCUUCAGCUUCCGGAACUUCAUGGCAGUUCAAGAUGAUGAAUAUAGGGCUGAUUUUGAGAAAGCCGAGACUGCAACGAUGUGGGUUUCCUUUGAGGAUUAUAGUCCGGCUUUGCGAGCGCGUUCUUUGAGAUUGUAUUCGGUGCUGGCCUCCUACUUGAAGGGCCGUGCUUUGAAGAUCUUGAGAUCCGUGGCAAGUGGCGAUGGCUUUAGGGUCUGGAGGCAGUUGGCAGAAGAAUUGCAGCCAUCGUCCCGACCCCGGACGCUGGCUUUAGCACAGGCCCUCACCAAGUUCCCACCUCUUCGAGAUGGCGGUUCAGUCUUAGAGUAUGCUCUCACGUUCGAAAAACUGGUCUCGGAGUACGAAAAGGCCUCCUCCAAGACCUACCCAGACGAUUUAAAGAUAGGGACCCUCCUCAGUGGCCUACCCCAAGAUGUGAAGCGCUACUUGCAGUUGCAGAUAGAUGAUUCAACAACUUAUCAGAAGCUGAGGGGCAUCUUGCUGCAGUUUGAGCGCACUUCAACAACUUGGAGCACGGAGUAUGUCAUGAAAGCCAUAGGCCUCGAUAAGAACUCGUACCCAGGAGAUGGACAAGGUCUUGCCCCAAUGGACGUGGACCGCGUCGAGAAAGGCAAAGCAAAGGGAAAGGACGCCAAGGGCAAGGGCCGUGGCGACAAAGGAAAGGGGUUUAAGGGCUACAAGGGGUACUACCAGACCGGCAAGGGCAAACCUGGUUUUGGCAAGGGCUUUCAGUUCGGUGGCUUCGGAAAAGGCAACCAGGACAAAGGCAAGGGCUACAAGGGCAAGUGGGCCCAUGAAGGCGGCAAGCAGGGCAAGAAAGGUGGAGCUGUUAAGGGUCCUUGCUUUGUAUGUGGUCGCAUGGGUCACCGAGCAGCUGAGUGCAGAGAUCGCCGCGUGAACCAAGUUGAAGACGAUAAUGUUUGCCGCAUGGAGCUGGACACGUGGCCGCUGAUCGAGGAGCUCCCAGACGACGAUGGUGACAACACUGGGGCUUGGCAUAGCACUGCUUUGGUUUCGGAGGUUGACUUUUACGAGGGUGAAGAAGCUUGGGAUGAGUAUGGCUGGUGGGAUGAAUCCGAAAUUCCUGCUGAAGCCUAUGAGUACAUCAGGGCAGUCAGUGCGUGUGAUGGUUGGUACAGUGACUCUAGCGCUGAGUUUGAAGAGGUAGACUUUGCAAGCGUCGAGUGCUUUGAGCUAGAGUGUGAGCUUCCUUCCACCAGCACGCUUUGCUUUGAGCUUGAUCGUGACAGCAGCGGAGAUGAGUUUUUCCGAGAGUGCAGUUCUGAAUGCGACUGUGAAGUUCGUGCGGUGUGCUGCCCUACGGACCCUUCCGAGCCCUGUGAAGUCAUCUUGGAUUCAGGUGCUGAUGUCACUGUGCUUCCAGCGCAUCUCUUCAGCACCGUCGGUGUGGCGGAGAAGCAGACUACUCGGCUCUUGGAUGCCCAAGGCACGCCGAUUCCGCAGAUGUCGCAGAGAGCCAAUGUUUCCUUUGUGGUGCAAGGGCUUGAUGGUCGAGAGAUUGUUUUCCGAGAUCGAGCGGUGCUAGCAAAUGUUCGGCAACCUUUGUUAUGUGCUGGUAAGCUGUUUCGCGGUGGCUGGUAUCCGAAAGCUAGUUCUACAGAAGACGGCGUCAUGGUGAUGUGCAAAGGCGAUCAAGAGUUUCCCCUCCACUUUGCCCGAAAUUCUGUUGCAGCCACCAUGCGCAUUCUGAGGACCGAAGAAGCUUGUGUACGCGUGGUGAUUGAGGUGAGCGAUGAGUUCUUAGCUGGACUCAAGCGGCAAGGCUGGCAAGUGACUUCGGGAUCAACGCCCACACAUGUGCAGUGGAACUCUACAGUGACUGCAGACCCCAGCCAGCUUUAUGACCCCGAGAUCCUGCCUCUUCGUACCACGUUGGUGCACAAAGGGGAGAACAGGUUUGAGAUUUUCGAGUGCGGUGAGAAUUGGGAGUUGAAGCCUGUGGUGGAUAUAGGGUGCCAGCCGACUAGGAUCGUGACCUUGUUGACUCAGAACGCCUUGGCUGCCACUGACCUGGGAAAAGUUGUUGCUGACCCUCAAUCCCCUCUGGUUCCCAGGUUACCUGCUGCGUCUCAAGAAGAAGCUGCCGAACCUGGAGAAGCGGAUGAUGGAGUUCAACAGCCAGGCGCGCCCGUGGGCGGACCGGAGAUGCAAGAAGUGCCAUUGGAAGGCGAGGUGGUGAAGGUAGGUGACAAGGAGUUUCGUGAAACCUCUAGCCUUCGUGAUCUUCGCUGGGCGUGCCGCUACUUGAAGCUUCCGCAGAGUGGUGCUAAGAGUUUGUUGUGGACGCGUUUGCAGAAAGAGAUUGCACUCAACAAGCUCAAGUCAGCUGUGCAAGCAAGUGAUGCAGUCAUAGCAGAGUACACCCCUGAUGUCAAUCACGGCCCUCUUCCUCAACGCCCCGACAACAAACCGGCCGUGGAAGAGCUGGUCAAGAUGGCUUCGAUCCUCGGCUUUGACCAGGUCACCCUUAGAGGGGACAGCGAGCCUUCAAUGAAGAAGCUUUUGCAGAUGGUGCAGAUGGCUAGGACACGGUUGGGGUUAAAGACUGAGAUCGAGACGGCAAACCCCGACUCCAGCGAACAUCAGGGAUUGAGAGCAGAGCGCUACAUAGAUAAAGUUCGCCGCCUUGGUCUUUGCCUCUUGCACACCGUGUCUGCCAAUUCGAAAGUCGAGUUGAAAUCGAGCCACCCGUUGUACCAGUGGAGCUUCAGGCAUGCAGCCUUCUUACUGACGCGUUACCAUGUUCACACAGAUGGGGUCACUUCGUUCGAGUUGGUCCAUGGGCGAAAGUUCGAUGCAAAGAUUGCAGCGUUUGGGUCGGUUGUCUUUUGCCAACUGUUACCCAAACCGAAGACGAAAGGGAUUCCAUGGGAAAAGUGUGUGUACCUCGGCCGUUCCUCAAUGGGUUCUUUGAGCAUCGUCUCUUCCAGCAAGGGCAUAGGGUAUGCACGGACAGUUCGGAGAGCAGCUGAAGUAUAUCAAGCAGAUGCUUUGCUGGCAAUGCGCGGUGUUCCUUGGAAUCCUUUGCAAGAUGUAGUCACCAUGCGUGUUCCUCGGGGCCCCCGAGUACGGGUUCCGUUGCUUGUUGAUGCAGCACCUUCUGCUGCACCACCCGGGGACGAAGCGGCCAGUGAUCCUCCAACCUCGGCGACUUCAGAAGCACCUGCAGGCAGCCCCGGGGAGAGCAUCUUAGAUGGGUUGAGUGGAGCUGCCAGCAACAGCUCACACGAGCUCAUCCCAGCGGACAUGGAGGUUGGAAGGGUUGAGUGGUUUCCCGUUCGUGUGGUAGAUGCAGAAAAGCCGCAUGGACACGAAGAUGACAUUGUGGUGUGUGACCCUGAAGAGAGUUUGGAGCUGCAGUGCGACGAGGGCUUUGCAAGUGAAGAGGAAGGCGUUCCCGAAACUUCUGACGGUGAGAGAGGUGACGCAGGGAUGCCUUGGGAAGGCCGUGAGUAUGUAGAGGGACCCCCAGAACUCGAAGCUCAGGCUUUGGCUGACCUUGACAAGCAGAUGGAGCUCAAGGAGCUCGACCGCCUCCUUGGCAUGACAGUGCUGAGACCGAUGAAUGGAGAGCAAGAUAGAGAAGGGAAAGUGCGUCUUCAAUGCAAGUAUGUACUGGACUGGCGAUAUAGGAAUGGUUGGUUGCGUCGUGCACGGCUUGUUGCAAAAGAAUACCGGUUUCUCGAGCCCUCGCUGACGGACCUGUAUAGUCCUGCUUCGGUGUCCUGUAGCCACAAACUACUUGCGUGUUUGGCUGCAGGGAACAGCUCACUGGAGCUGCUGAGCGUCGACAUUACCGACGCUUACUUGCAAGUGAGACAGAGGCGGCCCACGUACAUCCAGACCCACAUCGGCGACCUAGAACUCCUUUACAAUCUACCCGGUCAGAGAGCAGGGGCAAAAGAUUGGUUCACCCACCUCCUCGGGAUCCUAAAGAACAAAGGCCUCAACAGCUUCAUCGGCAACCCCUCUCUGUUCUGCGUAGAGCAAAAGUUGGCGCUGAACAGCCAUGUCGAUGAUAUGCAAAUUCUAGGACCCAGGGGUGCGCCCAUGCAAUUGGCCAGUGACCUCAAGGCUGAAGGCUUGAAGUUGAAAGUGGAUGGCCCCGUUGACUUGGGUAGUGGCUGUUCCCAUUUCUUGAAGAAGAAGUUCCAAGGGCUCGGUGACGCCAUUGAGGUGACCCAGGAUACAAAGUAUGCAGAAAGGCUUCAGUCAAUCUUGGGUUUGGAGAAAGCUCACGGCAAGCAAAAUCCGAGUCCACCCAAGAUUCCCGCGCCAGGGCAAGGAGCGAGCUUAGACUCCGAGCACCUCCACCUCUAUAAGCGGUGCGUGGGUAUCCUCAUGUACAUGAGUGCUGAGAGACCGGACUUGCAGUACAUGGUGAAGGUGUUGUCUUCGAGGAAUAGUUCCCCUACCGUUGAGGACUUUGGUCUGUUGCGUCAUGUCGUGAAGUACCUCAAGCUACACCCAGUGAUCCCGAUUAGGUUGGAAAGGACCAAGCCAGGGAAGACCUUGAAGCAGAAGUGGGACGGUGUAGAUCCUGAUGAACCCGAAGAUCCCAACAUGCCGUUUGGAGCACACCAUGUGUUGGAGGUAGUGACUGACGCAGAUUGGGGAAGCCAAGCCUUCUCAGAUCGGAGAUCGAUAUCUUCGUUCUGCAUAUUCCUCAACGGCAACCUGUGUCACGCAGGUAACAAAGUGCAGAAGACGAUCAGCCUCAGUUCUGCCGAGUCCGAGCUGAUGGCCACCUUGCUUGGACUCUCGGAGGGAAUAUUCCUUAAGCACAUGUUGCAGUUUUUGGUUGGUUCCCAAGCUACGGUAAAGUUGGUGCACAUGGUCGACAAUGCGGCUACCCGAAGUAUUCUUCAACGCCAAGGUCUAGGAAGAACUCGACACAUCAGCUUAGGGUACUUGUGGGCGCAGAAAGCGCUCAACGAAGGAGUGUAUGAAACGAAGGCCAUUCCAACCAAAGAUUGCCCAGCUGAUUUGCAGACGAAGCCGCAUCCGCGUACCAGGAUGAAUCAUCUCAUGAGCCUCAUGGGUCUCGGCAUUAACCACAGUGUGACGGUGAACCAAGUUAGUGCCACGCCAAUCGCGACCAACAUGGGAGCCGGUCAAAUCCUUAGAGCUUUAGCGCUUUUGCUCGAGGGGGGAGUUGUGACCGGCCAGUUUGCGCAGAUGAGCGGCCAUGCUUCGAGUACGACUUCGGGGUUUGAGUUCCUGUUCGGCCUGAGUGCGCAGAAGCUUCACUUCGCAAUGUUCUUUGUGAUGAUGGUGUGCAUGAUCGGACUGGUGAUUUACAUGGCGCCCAAGAGGCGCUGGAAUCGCGAGUCCACCGCCUCCAGCGACAACAUGAACCAAGUGCGAGAUCGAGUACAUCAGUGGUUCUCCCGAGAGUUGGGAAUCAUUGAGGAUGGCAUCGCUAACCAUGGCGAGCCCGGUGGCAUAUGUGAAGACACAAGUUGGAGGGCGAGUCAGCCCUCAAGUUCUACAGCGCGCGAUGGUGGAGAUGAGCGUUGGCUUCUUUGUCCUUUUGAAGGUGCACACGGCAGUGACGACGAAGGGGGAGCCAACGAAGCCUACACACAGAGCUACUACUACGACGGCGAGGAGCAGGAGGAGCACAACGUCGAGAACGAGGUCCAGGACGUUCCUCAUGAUCCUCGCGGUGAUCCUGAGGACAAGGUUUACAUCAUCGGCGAGCCGAAGCGCGGCAAGAGUUACCACAAGGUCUCGUGUGGAAACGUGGUGCGUUGGAUGAGUCACCUCCCAUCCAAUGUCAAGAAGAUCGACCGCCAGGUUGCAGUGAACAAGCAGCUCAAAGCCUGCAAGCAGUGUAAGCCGUGA